CCAGAGUCGGGAAGAAGAAAUCCCACGGUCUUGGUCACCGACUCUCGUGACCAACAAUCCCAACGGCAACCUCGACGACCUCUCCAGCCCGCAACUCGCCUGAUCACUGUCGACAAUGUCCUCCAGUACGCCUCCGAUAUUCCCUCAAUGCAACAACGCCGCACGCCCCAGCAACGCCCGCAAAUGAGACCCCGGUCGCGUCUUUCAGCAUCGGCUGGUAUCAGUGGAGCGUCUGGAGCGAAUGUCGGCGGCGGGACAGCUGGCACAGCAGGAAGGCUGGCUGCUCAAGCGCGUCUGCCACCGCGCUCGACCAAGGUGACUGAAAAGCUAGUCCUCUUACCAGAAACACACUCCGAAGAUGCGGAAGAAGUGGACGACGAGGAGCUGCAAGCCGCGGACGAGGAACUCGUUCAAAGAUUAGCCCAGGAACGGAAUCUCGACCCGGAGACGCUCCGGCAGCGACUCGAGUUGGCCGCACAACAGCAGAGGCUUCGCGGGGAUUUUGGCGUCGAUAAUGACCUUGCGCCAUUACUGGCUGAAGAAGAGGCGUUGCGUCGGCGGUUGGUGUCGCCAGAGAAAGCGAAGAGCUAUGCAGAGAGACUGCCCAAGGCGCGACGGGCAGAGAAAUUGCCUCGCGUGACGGCGUACUGUACGGCGCAGGGCUUCAAAAUGGGCGCGACGGCGGCGUUUGUCAAAGAGUGGCAUGGCGCGAGGACCAAAUUGUAUGAUGAUUGUCUUUAUACCGCUUACCAUCUCCCGUUACUUUCAGGUCGAGGAGGGUAUAGACUACGGAGUAGUCCGGUGUUGAAGGAUGUUGGAGGGAAGAUCGUGCUGGAUGAGGAGAUUGAGCGUAACGAACGGAGAGAUUAUCAUGACGAAUACGACGUGGAAGAGCACGAGCACUCUGUUGGCGGCCGACGGGAUAACCAAAGUGGUGAUGUUGUUGACGACGAGCAGAACCAAAGUCGACAUGUCGAUAGCAGCGAUGGUGAUAGCGAGGAUCGGCCGUCUAGUGGAGAGCAUGAUGAGGUACUGAAAACAGACAAUAAUGAUAAACAGCCAACAAGAACCGUCGUUCGCCGCAUCUCUCCAAACGCAUUCAACUACGCCGAGAUGUUCGUUUUCAGUUACGGGGUUGUGGUGUUUUGGAAUUUCACAGAACGUCAAGAAAAGGAUAUGCUUGCCGACCUCACCUUCUCGUCCUCGAGCACCACGGGCGGCGGCCCCUCGGUUCCUCUCGCAACGCUGGCACUACCAGAAGAAGACUUUGAGACUGAAGAGUUUCAUUUUGAGUAUUCAACCGAGAUUUCGCGGCCGCGCGUGUACAAUGACAUGAUCACGUUGCGCUCUGGGGAUCAUAUGAUCAAACUCGCCAUUUCACACGGAAUUGCACAGAGCACGAAACUCUGUUUCUUCGAAGAGGCCAUGUCCAAGGAAAUGACCGAGGCCAAGGAUAUCCCCCGCCGGCUGGCUAUGACGGGAAAGCUGGGCAUGAAGCGUGACGAAGUGUUUCGCAUAUUAGGGCGGCUCUUUAAAAGCAGAGUUGAGGUUAAUCUCUCAUCUAACAUGCUCGAUGUCCCAACCUUCUUCUGGGAAUCCGAACCAACCCUUUACCCGCUAUACAUCGCUGUGCGCGAGUAUCUCGAGAUCAAGCCGCGCAUUCAGGUCCUGAACGAACGAUGUCGCGUGUUUCUCGAUUUGACCGAGAUAUUAUCCGACUCAAUAGCCGACAACAACGAAUCCCAUCAAACAUGGAUCAUCAUCAUCCUAAUCGUCAUCUCCAUCCUGAUCACCACGGGCGAAGUCAUCCUGCGCUUCGGCCUACUAUCUAGCAACCACGCGGCUGCGAACCCGAUGGGCCCGUCAUUUGCGUCAAAGGUGGUGAUGAAUUUGUUCGGUCGGGCGGGUUCUGUUGCUAAGACGGCG